AAAAUUCUUCCACAAACUCACAAACUCCUCAAUUUAAGUGUUUCAUCUUCUUCUUCUUCUUCCAUUUUCACCAACACAUACUCUCUCUCUCUCUCUCUAAACUCCAUAAACCUUCCCUCAUUACACUCUCCCACCCAAUGACACAAACCUCACAAUGAACUUUCUCCGACGACUCUUCGGCGGCAAAAAACACCGUAAUCCACCACCAGAACCACCCACCAACAACAAAAAAGACAAAAGAACAUGGAGUUUCACAAAGAACAACACAAGACAAAAAACAAACAAAAGUUCUGACCCUUCAACUUCUUCUUUCUCUGAUAACUAUGAUGCUAAUAAACAUGCCAUUGCUGUUGCUGCUGCUACUGCCGCCGUUGCUGAAGCUGCACUCGCUGCUGCUCAUGCUGCCGCUGAGGUUGUUAGAUUGACAAGUAAUACGACUACUGGAAAUUCUUCCGGAGCACCUCGAACUCCGACAACUGUCAGGAGACGGUUGUCGGACGAAAUUGAUGCUGCCGUGAAGAUUCAGUCGGCUUUCCGAGGUUAUUUGGCAAGGAGGGCAUUAAGAGCACUUAAAGCAUUGGUGAAAUUGCAAGCAUUAGUGAGAGGUCACAUUGUAAGAAAGCAGACAGCUGAUAUGCUAAGACGAAUGCAAACAUUGGUUCGACUUCAGUCUCGGGCACGCGCAAGUCGUGUGCACAUUUCCGAUAAUAUGCACUCUUUCAAGUCUUCGCUUUCUCAUUACCCUUUGUUGCAGGUUCCUGAUGAUUAUGAGCACCCACUUCGUGUCUAUAGUACGAAAUUUGAUGGAUCUUCCAUCCUCAAGAGAUGUAGUUCAAAUGCAAAUUUUAGAGACAUGAACUUAGAAAGAGCGCGGUUUGGUUCAAAUUGGUUAGACAGUUGGAUGGAAGAAAACACAUGGAGCCAAACCGGCGACACUUCAUCGAAAAAUGUAAAUGAUGAUGAGAAGAGUGACAAAAUUCUUGAAGUAGAUACUUGGAAACCACAUUUGAAAUCACAACAUAGUACUAGCACCUCUUUUCAACAUCAUUAUUCAUCUUCUGAUUACAAUAAUGAAAAUUUGAUGGUACAAGAUUCGCCGUCAAAACGUUCUUCUAAAGCUUAUAAUCCAAGUCUCUCUUCUAUGAAGCAUCAGAAAGGAAAAGAAGAAGAAGUAGCUUCUUUGCGAACCGCCGAGAGUAGUCCACAGGCAUUUUCGGCUUCUUCAAGACUCGAAAGUGGUUCGAGGAGAGGUCCUUUUACACCUACUAAAAGUGAGAGUUCAUGGGGAUUUUUCAAUGCUCACUCUGGUUAUCCUAGUUAUAUGGCAAAUACUCAAUCUUCUAGGGCUAAGGUUAGGUCACAAAGUGCUCCAAGACAAAGGCUUGAGUUUGAGAGAUACGGUUCAUCUAAUAGGUCUAUUCAAGGUCUUUGGGAAUCAGGGUCUAAUUCAGAAAUAGAUUCUGAUUUUAGGAGCAAGGUUUAUCCAACCACAAGUAGCUUGAACAGAAUUGGGAGUAGUACCAAUUUAAGGUGACAUUGCAAAUUUUAGGAAAGAAGGAGAAAAAAAAAAGGUUUAAAUGUGUUUUUAGUUCUUAUAAUCUCGAAUUUUGUUAUCAGUUCCUACACUCGUGUUUCAGUCCCUACAAAUUAUAAAUUAUAGAAUUGUAUGUUUUUAUUUCUUGAAGAGGAACUAAAAACGUACAUUUUUUGCAAUUUGUAGGAACCAAAAAGUGAGUGUUGGGAUUGAAAACAAAAAAAUUAAAUUUUAUAAGUACUAAAAAUAAAUUUAAUCCUAAAAAAGGAACUUGAAGGGACAAUGUUUUCUUGUGCUUUGAUUUUCUGUGUAUUAUAGCAGUUUUUCUUAGGGUGUAAGUAUUUGACAUGUACUCAAAUAGUGUUUGUCCCUACACUAUCAAAGACCACAUGGUUGACUUUA